AUGCCCGUGGCCGAUCACUUUAUGGCUGCUCCUUUCAACGCGGAUCCUGUUAUUCCUAAAUUAAAAGGCAGAAAUGUCUGUGAAAAAUGUUGUAAAACUUUUGAAGACAAAACUAAUUUGUGGAGACAUGUACAGCAAGAACACGGUAAUGAUAGUGAUCUAUUAUGUUCCGAACCCAAUUGUGGCAAACUGUUUGCUAGCAACGCCUUGAAAAUAGCUCACAUAGCACACCAUGAGACCAACGGCGUUUUAACUAACACUUGCGAGAUGUGUGGUAUGUUGUUGGCUAGUCGUAAAACAUUCUAUAGACAUGUGACGAUUGUUCAUAAGGACAGUAUUAAAGAUCUAUGUGGAUUUUGUUUAAAGUUUAGCCAAAACACUACUGCUCUGAAAGUACACGUGUGGCAAACACACACACGACAAAUGUUAACUGGUAUACGUUGUGAUGUUUGUGGAAAAGGAUAUUGUAAUACCAAAAUGAUGCUCAAGCAUAAAGCAAUUCACAAAAUAAAAGGCAAUUAUUGUAGUAUCAUUCCAAUAAAUACAAAAAAUAAUGUUUCCUCCUAA